AUGGUCAAAUUCAGCAAAGGACAAUUAGUCCAAUACGUCCCUUACCACGGCGCAGCCCACACCGGCAAGCCACAAAACCAAGGACGAAUAUUAGACUCUAUAAUUGAUACUACAAAUACAUUUACAGGGGCAUAUAUGGUCCAGAAUGGGAACCGUACGAGGCGAAUGGAGCAUCUUGUCCGCGAGGAGGAUAUUAUCAUGUCGCUAGAGCCGUUUAUGAUGUGA